GAUAUGCAAAAGCGAAAGCAAAAGCAUUUUAUUGUUGCAGGCGCCUGCUUUCUUGUUUCUAGUUCUAUAAUAAUCGUCUUUGUAGUUGAUGCUAAUUUGCUGUUAUUUUUUCUGUGUAUUUUUUUUGUCAGUGCAAGCAGUAAACGAAAUGGAUGUGAGGUUGGAAUUAAGUAUUGCCCGUAACAGGGACAGAGAAGAUCUUCCUCCUCCUAAUCCUCCUGAUCAUGACGAUCCAGACUCAUAUUCAGUCGAAGAGAUCGAUCCUCACGUCGAAAUCACAGAGAGCCCUCAUUCUUACUUACUGGUGGCUCAACUCCCAGGAUUUUCCAAGCAAAAUGUAAGAGUGGAUAUUAAUAAUUCGGGUACUCUGAUAUUAAGUGGAGAAAGAAUAGUAGAAGAGAUGGUGAUGGCGAGGUGGACGUGGCACAGAAAAGAAUACAGGCGUAUCAGAUUUAGAAAAUCUUUUGGAAUACCCGAUGAUGUCAAUUUGGACACCAUCACUGGGAGCUUUGAAAGGCGUGCAUUGUAUAUUCUUAUGCCUAAGUUGAGGCCUGGUGAGGCCAGGCAGAUAAUUGUUACAGAGGUCCCUGCUCCUCCACCGCCCCAAGCACCACCUCAGCCGAUGCAACAAGAAGAACGAGAAUUGCAAUUUCCCGAGGUGAUUGAAAUGCCAACCGACGAGUGUCCCAGCCCCCCACCUCAAUCUCCAGAACAAGUUCCCAUUGUGGUGAAAGAGGAACCACCAUCUCUACCGCCUCCCCUACCUCCACCUGCACCACGCCCCCCUCCUCCUCCUGAACCAAUACCUCUGCCGCCUCCUCCUAUUCAACUUCCAAUUCCACCUCCACCACCUCCUCCUCCUCCUCCGCCACCUCCACCUCCUCCACCACCGCCUCCUCCUCCGCCGCCACCUCCUCCUCCUCCUAAACCAACAGCUCCACCACUGCCACCACCACCUCCUCCUCCAUCACCAACACCUCCUCCACCACCCCCACCGCCCCCUCCUAAACCAACACCUCCACCACCCCCUCCCCCUCCUAAACCAACACCACCUCCACCUCCACCACCACCACCACCUCCACCUCCACCUCCUCCUCCUCCUCCACCACCACCACCACCACCACCACCUCCACCUCCACCUCCACCUCCUCCUCCUCCUCAACCAACACCUCCACCUCCUCCUAAACCAACACCACCUCCACUUCCUCCUCCACCACCACCUCCACCUUCUCCUCCGGAAACACCUCCUCCUGAACCAACACCUCCAUCUACUCCUCAACGCAGUCCUCCGGAGACUCCCAAGGCGCCACCGAAAACUAUAGGAGCCACUGAAUUUCAACAAGAAGGUGAAGAAAUCCCUGGUCAAUUUAAAGAACUUCCGACAUACAUCCUUCCACUCCAAGUGCCUGGUGUUCCAGAGAUGACAGAACCAUCCAGUGAGCCUGAAGUUCCAUUCCAAGUUGAUCAACCAGAGGAUGCAAUUAAAACAACAGUAAAAACAGUGCAAGGUCCGACUGCCAUUGAAGAGUCAACACCUCCUACUAAAGCUGAAAAGAUGGAAGUUCCUAAGGAUAUCCAGAUAUUGCCAGAGGUGAGAAAAGGGCAGGAAGAUAAACCAGUUAAAUCAGCAAAAGAAGUUCCUCAUGAAGUAGCCUUGCCUAAAACUAUCUUAGAAGUUCAUGCACCUAACAUUCCACAAGGAGAAAUGCAAAAAUCCACUGUCGAGGUUGAAGACAAGCUAGUCAAACCAAAGCGGGAAGAAAAAGAGAGAGAAGACAAAGAAUCAAAUGAAGAAGCGAUGCAACCACCAACAUUCAUACAUAAAGAAAAGGAUGGGGAGCCAUCUUCUUCUGCUCCCAAGGAUGCAGACAUUGGAUUUCUACAACAAGAUGAAGAUUCCUCUGGUCAAUCUAAAGAACUUCUAGCAGACAUUCCUCCACUCCAAGUGCCUGGUACUCCAGAGAUGACAGACCCAUCCAGUGAGCCCAAUGUUCAAUUUCAAUACCAAGGUGAGCAACCAGAAGAUACAACUAAAGCACCAGUAAAGCAAGGUCCAACUAUCAUCGAAGAGUCAACACCUUCUGCUGAAGUUAAAAAUAUGGAUGUUCCCAAGGAGAGCCAGAGCUUGCCAGAGGUGAGAGAAGGGCAGGAAGACAAGCCGGUUAAAUCAGCCAAUGAAAAACCUGAGGAAGAAGCCUUACUUAGAGCUAUCUCUGAAGUUCACAUGCCUAUCAUUCCCCAAGGGUUUCCACCAAAAUCCAGACAAGAAUAUAAGCAAGAGGAAUCACCACCUUCUGCUCCCAAGGAUGGAGCCGCUGAAAUUCCACAACAAGAUGAAGAUACCUCUAGUCGAUUUGAGGAACCACUGGCAGAAAUUCCUCCACUUGAAGUGCCUGGUAUUCCAGAUAUCAUAGAACGAUCCAGUGAGCCCAAAGUUCAAUUUCAAUACCAAGUUGAGCAACCAGAAGAUACAACUAAAGAACCAGCAAAGCAAUGUCCCACUAUCACUGAGGAGUCAACACCUUCUGCUGAAGCUGAAAAGAUUGAUGUUCCUAUGGAGAUCCACAGCUUGCCAGAGAUGAGAAAAUGCCAGGAAGAUAAGCCAGUAAAAUUGGCAGAUGAAAAAGGUAAGGAAGAAGCCUUUCCUAAAACUAUAUACGGAGUUCACAAGCCUAUCAUUCCACAAGAAUUUCCAUCAAAAUUCUCUCAAGAUCCAGAGAGAGAAAGCGUGAGACCUACUACCUGUGAAAUCCCAAAGGAAGUGGAACAACCCACUAUUGACGCUGAAGAUAAGCCAGUUAAACCAGAGUGGAAAGAGAAGGAAGACAAAGAAGCAAAUGAAGAGAAGAUGCAACCACCAAAAUUUGUACAAGAUGAGAAGCAUGAGGAGCCACUUUCUUGUGCUCACAAAGAUGGAGCUGCUGAAAUUCCAAAAGAAGAUGAAGAUACCUCUGGUCAAUCUGAAGAACUUCUGGCAGACACUCCUCCACUCCAAGAGCCUGGUAUUCCAGAGAUGAAAGAACCAUCCAGUGAGUCCAAAGUUCAAUUUCAAUACCAAGUCGAGCAACCAGAAGAUACAACCAAAGAACCAGUAAAGCAAGGUCCUCCUAUCAUUGGAGAGUCAACACCUUCUGCUGAAGCUGAAAAGAUUAAUGUUCCGACGGAUAUCCAGAGCUUGCCAGAGAUGAGAAAAGGCCAGGAAGAUAAGCCAAUUAUAUUGGCAGAUGAAAAACCUAAGGAAGAAGCCUUGCCUAGAACUAUAUCUGGAGUUCACAAACCAAUCAUUCCACAAGAAUUUCCGUCAAGAUUCUCUCAAGUUCCACAGAGAGAAAGUGCCAGACCUACAAUUUGUGAAAUUCCAAAGGAAGUACAACAACCCACUGUUGAUGCUGAAGAUAAGCUAGCUAAACCAAAGUGGAAGGAGAUGGCAGACAAAGAAGCAAAUGAAGAGGAGCUGCAACCACCAAAAUAUGUACAAGAAAAGAAGCAUGAGGAGCCACCUUCUUCUGCUCCCAAGGGUGAAGGCACUGAAAUUCCACAACAAGAAGAUGAUACCUCUAGUCAAUCUGAAGAACUUCUGGCACGCAUCCCUCUGGUCCAAGUGCCUGGUAUUCCAGAGAUGAUAGAACCAUCCAGUGAGCCCAAAGUUCAAUUUCAAUACCAAGUUGAGCAACCAGAAGAUACAAGUAAAGAACCAGUAAAGCAAGGUCCCACUAUCAUUGAAGAGUCACCAUCUUCUGCUGAAGCUGAAAAGAUUGAUGUUCCUAUGGAUAUCCAGAGCUUUCCAGAGAUGAUAAAAGGCCAGGAAGAUAAGCCAGUUAAAUUGGCAGAUGAAAAACCUAAGGAAGAAGCCUUGCCUAAAACUAUAUCUGAAGUUCACGAGCCUAUCAUUCCACAAGAAUUUCCAUUAAAUUUCUCUCAAGUUCCAGAGAAAGAAAGUGCCAGACAUACUACCUGUGAAAUUCCAAAGGAAGUGCAACAACCAAAUGUUGAAGCUGAAGAUAAACCUAAACCAAAGUGGAAAGAGAGGGAAAACAAAGAAGCAAAUGAAGAGGAGAUGCAACUACCAAAAUAUGUACAAGAAGAGAAGCAUGAGGAACCACCUUUUCCUGCUCCCAAGACUGGAGCAGCUGAAAUUUCACAACAAGAUGAAUAUAGCUCUGGUCGAUCUGAAGAACUUAUUGCAGGCAUUCCUCCACUCCAAGUGCCUCGUAUUCCACAGAUGAUAGAACCAUCUUGUGAGCCCAACGUUCAAUUUCAAUACCAACUUGAGCAACCAGAAGAUACAACUAAAGAACCAGUAAAGCAAGGUCCCACUAUCAUUGAAGAGUCAACACCUUCUGCUGAAGCCGAAAAGAUUGAUUGUCCUACAGAUAUCCAGAUCUUGCCAGAGAUGAGAAAAGGCCAAGGAGAUAAUCCAGUUAAUUUGGCAGAUGAAAAAGCUAAGGAAGAAUCCUUGCCUAAAAUUAUAUCUGGAGAUCACAAGCCUAUCAUUCCACAAGAAUUUCCAUCAAAAUUCUCUCAAGUUCCAGAGGAAGAAAGUACCAGACCUACUACCUGUGAAAUUCCAAAGGAAGAAAGUACCAGACCUACUACCUGUGAAAUUCCAAAGGAAAUGCAACAACCCACUGUUGACGCUGAAGAUAAUCGAGUUAAACCAAUGUGGACGAAGAGAGAAGACAAAGAAGCAAAUGAAGAGGAUAUGCAACCACCAAAAUAUGUACUAGAAGAGAAGCAUGAGCCACCUCCUUCUGCUUCCAAGGAUGGAGCUGCUGAAAUUCCACAACGAGAUGAAGAUAGCUCUGGUCGAUCUGAAAAACUUCUGGUAGGCAUUCCACCACUACAAGUGCCUGGUACUCCAGAGAUGAUAGAACCAUCCAGUGAGCCCAAAGUUCAAUUUCAAUACCAAGGUGAGCAACCAGAAGAUACGACUAAAGAACCAAUAAAGCAAGGUCCCACUAUCAUUGAAGAGUCAAGACCUUCUGCUGAAGCUGAAAAGAUUGUUGUUCCUAGUGAUAUCCAGAGCUUGCCAGAGAUGAGAACAGGCCAGGAAGAUAAACCAGUUAAAUUGGCAGAUGAAAAAUCUAAAGAAGCCUUGCCUAAAACUAUAUCUGGAGUUCACAAUCCUAUGAUUCCACAAGAAUUUCCAUCAACAAUCUCUCAAAUUCCAGUGAACGAAAGUUCCAGACCUACUACCUGUGAAGUUCCAAAAGAAAUGCAACAAUCCAGUGUUGACACUGAAGAUAUGCCAGUUAAAUCACAAUGGAAAGAGACGGAAGACAAAGAAGCAGAUGAAGAGGAGAUGCAACCACCAAAACAUGCAGAAGAGAAGUAUGUGCAGCCACCUUCUUCUGCUCCUAAGGAUGUAACCACGGAUCAAUCUGAAGAACUUCUGGCAGGCAUUCCUCCACUCCAAGUGCCUUGUAUUCCAGAGAUGAUAGAACCAUCCAGUGAGCUAGAAGUUCAAUUUCAAUACCAAGGUGAACAACCAGAAGAUACAACUAAAGAACCAGUAAGGCAAGGUCCCACUAUCAUUGAAGAGUCAACACCUUCCGCUGAAGCUGAAAAAAUUGAUGUUCCUAGGGAUAUCCAGAGCCUGCCAGAGAUGAGAAAAGGCCAGGAAGAUAAACCAGAUAAAUUGGCAGUUGAAAAACCUAAAGAAGAAGCCUUGACUAAAACUAUAUCUGGAGUUCACAAGCCUAUCAUUCCACAACAAUUUCCAUCACCAGUGAACGAAAGUUCUAGACCUACUACCUGUGAAAUUCCAAAGGAAAUGCAACAUCCCAGAGUUGAUGCUGAAGAUAAGCCAGUUAAACCAAAGUGGAAAGAGAGGGAAGACAAAGAAGCAAAUGUAGAGGAGAUGCAACCACCAAAAUAUGCACAAAAAAAGAAGUAUGAAGAGCCUUCUUCUGCUCCCAAGGAUGUAACCACUGGUCAAUCUGAAGAACUUCCAGGACAAGACAAAGAUGCCUAUGGUCAAUCUGAAGAACUUUCAGCAGACAUUCCUCCACUCCAAGUGUCUAGUAUUCCACAGAUGACAGAAGCUUCCAAUGAGCCCAAAGUUCAAUUUCAAUACGAAGUUGAGAAACCAGAGGAUACAGCAAAAACACCAGUAACAACAGUGCAAGGUCUGACUGCCGUUGAAGAACUAGCAGUUUCUGCUGAAGCUGAAAAGAUGGAUGUUCCUGAGGAAAUCAAGGGCUUGCCACAGGAGAGAAACGGGCAGGAAGAUAAGCCAGUUAAAUCGGCAGAAGAAAACCCUCAGGAAAAGGCCUUACCUAAAACUCUCUCUGAAGCUCAUACGCCUAUCAUUCCACAAGAAUUCCCAGCAAAAUUCUCUCAAGUUCCAGUAAAAGAAAGUGCUAAACCAACUGCUCUUGAAGGUCCAAAGGAAAUGCAACAACCCAUCACUGAGGUUAAAGAUAAGCCAGAGGAACCAAAGCAGGAAGGAAAAGAGGGGAAAGACAAAGACACAAAUGAACUGCAGUUGCAACCACCCAUAUUCAUACAAGAAGAGAAGGAUGACAAGCCACCUCUUUCUGCUCCCAUGAAUCAGCUGCUGGAGGGGCUUAACGAAUUUCCAAGACAAGAUGAAGGUAGAUAUGUUCGACUUGAAGAACCCACACCAUAUAAACCUCCAAUCGAAGCAGUUGAUAUUCCAAAGAUGAUGGAACCAUCAGUUACUGAAUAUAACUUGAAAAAAUCCCCCCAGGACGAAGCUCAAGUUCCAUGCAAAGCUAAGGAUAUGAAGGACCCUAUGAGCACAUCUAGAGAAGCUGAAGAGAAAACAGUUAAGAUUCCAGUCCAAACAGUAGGAACUCCCACUGCGGUUACAGAAGUGCCACUUUUAGCAGAAUCUGAGAAGAGGCAUGUACCUGUGGAGCUCCCAUGCUUACCAGAGAUUACAAGAGGGAAGCUAUUUGAUAAAAGAGAAGAACCUUCUCAUGUUCCCGUCAGAGAUUCAGAAACACCAUCCUUGAAUUUUCCUAGUCACACCCCUGGACAAAUCAAAGAGGAAGAUUUUCCAGUACCUCCAGAACUCAAUAUUACAUUGCCUGCACUUGUAUUUGAUGCUUCAAUAAUAAAUGAUUCAGCACAGUGUCCAUCAGAUGUUUCUGAAGUCCAAAAAGAAGCCGAGAAAGAAAUUUAUGACACAACUCCUAAGACAGAAUAUAAGCCACACAAGCCUAUUGUUGAGGUUGGAGAUGCGCUGCCAGAAGCAUCACAAGAAUAUGACAGGAAGAUAACUUUAGGACAAGAAACUACUUCAAGCAAUACACUCGUAAACAGAAUUGCAGACAAGGAAUCAGAACACAAAGAAAUCAACAUACCUAAAAUCAUUCCAGAACCCCCUACACCAGAUAAUCCAGAAGAAUGUGGCCCAAACAUUCACAAGGUCCAGGAAGAAAUUGUAGAGGCAAGUCAAAUGAAGGAAGAGCUUAAACCCACACCUCUCCAAACUCCAAAGCAGCUGCAAAAACAAACUAUUGAGAUCAAAGAUAUGCCAAUCAAACCAGAAGGUGAACCAAAGACAAUUUAUUCACCUGAAAUCAUUGCAAAAGCUCCCACAACUGAUAUUCCACAGGAAUGUCAAGCAAAAAGCCCUGAAGUUCAAGAGGAACUGUCAAUCAGUGAAUGUUCCUUGAGACAAUGCAUGGAUGAAGCUCAUGUUCCAAACAAUGCUGAUGAUAUGAAGGAGCCUAUGCAGACAUCUAGAGAAACUGCAGUGGAAACAGUUAAGCCACCAGUACAAGCAGUGGAAAAUCCAACUACUAUGAAAGAGUCACCUCUGUAUGCAGAAACUGAGAAAAUGCGUGUCUCCGUGGAGAUUCCAUGCUUCCCAGAGCUUACAGAACCAGAACCACUUGAUAAAGGGGAAGAACCUUCAAGCACCACACUCAAAAAAUGGUAUGCAGAGGAGGAAUCAGAAUGUGAGGAAAUCAACAUACCUGAAAUCAUUCCAGAACCUCCUACAGUAGAUAAUCCAGAAGAAUGUCUUCCAAGAAUUCACAAAGUCCAGGAAGAAAUUGUAGAGGCAAGUCCAAUGAAGAAAGAACCUAAGCUUACGCCUCUCCAAACUCCAAAGCAGCAGCAAAGGCUCACUACUGAGGUUGAAGAUAAGCCAGUCCAACAAGCAGAAGAACAUAAGCAAAUAGUUUUGCCUGAAAUCAUCUUGGAAGCUCCCACAACUGAUGUUCCGAAAGAAUAUGAAGUGAAAAUUCCUAAACUUCAAGAGGAACAUUCAAUCAGUGAAUAUUCUUUGAGACAAAGCCCCCAAGAUGAAGCUCGAGUACCAUACAUAGGUGAGGAUAUGAAGAAGCCUAUGAGCACAUCUACAGAAACUGCAGCAGAAACAGUUCAACUAGAACAGAAAAAAUCAACUGAACAGGAAAUAAACCAACCUAGAGUUGUCUCAAAAUCUCCUAUGCCUAAUACUGCACAAGAAUCUCCAGAAAAAUUCAUUGAAGCCCAAAAAGAAAAUGUACAAAUGGAGCCAAUACAGACAAGUAAUCAGCCACCUUCAGAAACUCCAAAGGAAUUACAACAACCCAACAUCAAAGUCAAAGUUGAGCCAAUAAAUGAAGCAGAAAAAGAGGAGACAACACAGAAGGAGAUUACUUCACCUGAAAUUGUCUCAAAAACACCCACAUCAUAUGGUUCUAAAGAGUGUCCACCAGAUAUCAUUGACGUCCCGAAAAAGCAAUUUGACACAAGUCCAGUUCAAGAGAUUGCUAAGCCAGUUGUUCCUGAAACUCCAAUAAAAUUGCAACCACACAGAAGUGAGGUCGAGGAGUCAAUAUCAGCAGAAAGAGAAGUUCAAAAGAAAACACAUUUAGAAGAAGAAACCACUUUGAGUGAUGCAUAUGAAGAAGAAAAGAAGCCAAAACAGAAGGAUGUCAUUCCCGUGAAAAUUGUCCUAGAAGCUCCAUCUGAUAUUCCAGAAGAAUGCCCACUAGAAUUUCCUCAUGUGCACAAAGAGCCCACAAGUCAAGUGCGGGAAAGUGUUGAGCCAUGUCCACACGAGACUCCACUAGAUUUGGAACAGCCUAUAGUUGCGAUACAAGACAUUAGGCCUAUAGAAGGAAUGCAACGAGAAGAUAAAGAAAGAGCACCUUUGAAAGAUGUAGCAGCUCCAAGGGACUUUUUUGAAGAAAAGAAAGCAAGAAAGAAGUCCAAGCAAGAGGAGAUCUACUCCCCUGACAUCAUUAAAGAAGUUUCCAGACCAAAUAGUCCAAAAGACUCUCCACCCACAAAAAUGGACAUUACCCCACCUAAAGUCAUAACAGAAGCACCAAAAUCAGUGCAGGAAAAAUCUGCUCCUCACCCAGUUUCUCCCAAAACUCCCAACAAGAUGCAAUCAUCCACUAUUCAGGUUACAGAUGAACCAGUCCAACCACUGCCUGAAGAAGAGAAGAAGAUCAAACCACCUGAGAUUGUCUUAGGAGGUCCUGUUCUGGUACAGGAACAAGCUGAAUUUGAGCUUCCUGAAACUCCCAAGGAGGUACAACAAGGCCCUGAACCAUCAGAGAGGGAACAAGAAGCAACACCAAUGCAGGAGGAGGAAAUACAAAUAGUAAGUCCAGUGCAAAAAAAAGAAGAGAAAGAGCCACCAUCACCAUCUUCUGAUGGUUCAGAAGAUGCAAGUAAUGAUGAUUCUAAUCCAAAUCCAUUACUGAAGCUACUGGUUUCUGCAGGUUUUGGUUUGGUUUUCAUUUUUGUACUCGUCAAAACAGUGAAAAAGUUCAGAGAUGAUAAGAGCUGGGUUAAAUAAACAGGAUCAUUGCUUCGGCACAUUUCAAUGAAAAAUAUAUUUCAGUUCUCAUCAGCAACACCUGACAAUUUUCCACUUUUUUGAUUGCACCACAUUUUAAGAAGCAUAACCCAUUUUUGUAUAGUUAAUACAAUAAGACUUUUGUGGAAUUGAUUCAGACAAGUCUAAAAGAUUUCGAAUUUGAGAAUGGUACAGCAAUUACUUUGAAAAGAAAGAAAAUUAAAGGCGAUUGGUUAUUUAAUGAAGUGUACCUAAUAGUGCCAAGGAGACUUCAAGUUAUAUUACAACUGGGGAAAGUUGUGAUGGGAGCUAAAUGUGAGCUUGAUUUAUUCAAUUUAAGAGAGAAAAUAUUUGUUAACAAUAAAACUAAUAGAAGAGAAGCAUUUCAAAUGCAAUGGAUCUGAAAUCACUUUUAAAGUUGUUGGAGGUACACGCCAAUCUCUUUCUCACUACCCAUUUUUCAAAACUAUACUGAAAAAACAUCUAACUAAAAUGAAUAA